AUGGAGAAGAUGCAGACGACGAGGAGCAACAGCCAGAGAAAGGGCAUAAGCGUGAGGACGAGCGUGAGGGAGAGCGUGAGGGCAGGAGAGAGGCAUGAGGGAGAGCGUGAUGUGCAGCACGAGGGAGAGCGUGAGGUGAAGCGUGAGGGAGAGCGUGAUAUGACGCGUGAUGAGUCUUCUCCCUCUACUCCAGCAGGUGCCCGUGCGGAUGAUGCACAGAAUGUUCGUGGUCAUGGGGAGGGUGGGAGGGAGAGACGUGGCGCAGAGUUAGAUGAUCAGAGAGGGGUGUCAGGGAGAGUGAAGGCACGGGCCAGAAAUGCUGGAAAGAAGGCCGUUGCAGAGGUGGAAUCUUCAGAUGAAGAUGAUAGUUCUGAGGAGGAAUCAGGGAGUUCCUCCGGGAGCGAGGAGAAGUAUGAUGAGGAGGAGGACGAGAGUGAUGACGCUGAAUCUGAGUCCGGGAGUGAUGACGACGGUAGGAGAGGGGGGAGGGCACGAGGAGCGCGCAACCACCGCUAUAGUGGAAAGCGUGGUCAUGCAACCGGUGAUUGGAGCGUGCGUGAGAACGCUGGCCAGCAGCAUGACAACACGCUCAAUCCAGCCGGUGGUGGUGACGAUCUGGCCUGGGGUGGGGGGCUGGGGGCGAAUGAGGGUGAGGCGGGUGGUGUUGGAGAUUGGUUCAAUGAUGAAAGGAAAGUUGGACGCUCUGACCCAGCAACUCCCCUCCCGUUUGCAUCGGCAGGAGGCAAUUCCCCGCUCAACGCUAGCGGAGUGCCCAUCAUUCCUUCAAGCACCACUCCUAAUGAUUCCAUGCAGCAACUCUUUCAGGCUUUGCAGGAAGCUAAUAGGCAGAUCGCAGAGCUGAAGGCCGGUCGGGGACCUUUGGUGGACCGGGGGGGAAACGGGACGCAACUCCCGCCGCUUACCUCGAUCUCCAGCGAGCAACCUGAGCCGCCCGAAACGCCGGGCGCUGUGGCGGAGAGUGCUAUUCAAGGCACUCCAAUCACCAGGAGGCAUGGGAUGCCUAAUGCAACAAAUCUGAAGCUCUACAUGGAAGAAGCUCGGACGCGCAUGUGUAUGGAGGCUGAGGACCAUCUCAUCACGUUCUAUCCAAGCUUUGAGAAGCGCAUUCUUGUUUUGCACGAAGUUAUUUCCGAGCAUUACGUGGUUCCCUUGAUCAUACUCAAGGAGGCCAUGGCAGAUAAAACGCGCAGGGAUGCAUUCAAGCACGUGUACACUCAGUGGAAGAACGAGCGUGGGUUUUACGUCAAACGCACCGUGCUCGAGGGUUUGGGGGUUCCCAUGAGUGGCUUGCGGGCGGCGGAAAUUCACAUCGACACCGAGCUCAAGGAGGAACUCUGGGGGGAGUUUGGCCCGAGUGCGGACGCCCUACUGAGCACAUGGGGAAAUGCCGAGGAUAGUGAUCUCCCGUUCGGCAACGAGAUUUUCUUCAACGCGGCCAUGGACGCAUUUGGUGAAUUUGCCAUGGGGAACGACAUUUGCUUGAAGGCAUAUCACAUUGCAUGGACUAUCUUGGUGGUGAGUGACUUGUUAGGGCCCUUUAGCGUGUUUCUCUAG